AUGGCCAACCUGUUCACCGACGUGAAUCUUGGCGCGGGCACGCGCCCCUUUGCGAGCGGCGGUAGGAAGGACCGCGGCGCCUACACCGGACGCGCAGCCUGCCUGUGGAACCUUUACGCUGCCAACGCCAGCCAGGAAGUGAAAUUGCCCCAAUGUUCCUUUGGACCGCUCCUGAAUUUCGUGCUGAAGCGACCCAGCCAGACCGGCGAUGUGGUCGAGCUUCGGCGGGCCGAGCUGGCGCGGCGCCGAGCCGCAGCGCAAAGCGCACGCUAA